AUUUGUUUCAAAGAAAAGUUUGGCGCAUUUUUUUAGCAAUUGUCAUUGAAAAUACAUAUGUGCAUACGCUGUGUGUACGUGUGAAUAAAAGUGAAUUUGCUUCGCGUACGCGUGUGUGAAGGUUGCAUUUAAAAUACUACAUAUCUAAAUCAAAAUUUUCCCCUUUAUCUCUCUUCGUCGGUCUCUCUCGCACGUUACGUUGUGUGCUCGUGUGUGUGUGUGUGUGUCGGUGUUGUUGCCGCCGCCGCCUCCACCGCUGCCUGACAAACAGACAUUCGUAAAGAGGAAACGCAGCAACAAAACAUUUGGACAAAAUGCAGAUCAAGGAAUUCCGCGUGACUUUGCCAUUAACCGUGGAAGAGUAUCAAGUAGCACAAUUAUUUGCGGUGGCAGAAGCGUCAAAGGAAAACACGGGCGGUGGCGAGGGCAUUGAGGUUUUAAAAAACGAGCCCUUCACCAAUUUUCCCUUGUUGGGCGGCAAGUACACUUCCGGUCAGUAUACAUAUAAGAUCUAUCAUCUGCAAUCAAAAGUACCAGCGUAUAUAAGGUUAUUGGCCCCCAAGGGCUCGUUGGAGAUACAUGAGGAGGCAUGGAAUGCUUAUCCUUAUUGUCGCACGAUUAUAACGAACCCUCGCUAUAUGAAAGAAAAAUUUGUGCUCUAUGUGGACUCAAUGCAUUUUGAAGAUGACAUUGGCGAGAUAGAUAAUGUGCAUGAACUGACGCCCGAUAAGCUGAAAGUACGUGAAGUUGUUCACGUCGACAUUGCCAACGAUCCGGUGCUGCCUGCGGAUUACAAGCCCGAAGAGGAUCCUACCACAUAUGUGUCAAAGAAAACUGGCCGUGGACCUCUGACGGGCGCCGACUGGAAGAAACGCGUCGAACCUGUGAUGACAUGCUAUAAACUGGUCACAUGCGAGUUCAAAUGGUUUGGCCUGCAGACAAGGGUAGAAAACUUUAUACAGAAAUCGGAACGACGCCUCUUCACAAACUUCCAUCGUCAAGUUUUCUGUUCAACUGAUCGCUGGUACGGUCUAACAAUGGAGGAUAUUCGUGCUAUUGAGGAUAAGGUUAAGGACGAGCUGGAUAAGGCACGCCAGACCGGCGAGGUGCGAGGCAUGCGGGCGGAUGGUGAUUAAAUAAUAAUGUGCUAGACAAAGUUUUUAUUAAACAUAUUUACAAUGUAAAAAAAAAAACAAACAAAACAAUAUGCAAAAUUAUGAUAACUGAAGCAAGCGAAUGAUAGAAUGCAUCAAUAAAUACAAAAUUACUAUCUAAA